AUGAGCGGCGGUGCCACCUUCCAGACCAUUGCCAACGAGCUAAAGCCAUGCAGGGUGAGCGCUUUGAUCUACGAUGCCGAGGCACUCCAGUGCAACUCCGUGCCGGAGUUGGCCGCCUGCUACAACCGGAGAGUGCUUGCAGACAGCGGUGAGGGCGAAGCACAGGCCACAGCCCCGAUUAUCGUUGCAGGCUACUCCUACGGUUGUGUCCUUGCGCACCAGAUGGGCCUCCAGCUUCACAAGGCCGGCGUGCACGUCGGCGUGGUGAUGUUCGACCUGGAGGUCACCUGGCCGCCACCGGAAAGCAACGAUCGCAUCGACGGAUACAAAUUCCUCGGUGGCGAAGCAGAGGCGAUCCUCCUCAUCAGCCGUGCGCUGGGGAAGUUCGACUUCGCCAUGAAGGAGGCCGUAGAACUGAACCGUAUUUUGGCAGAGUCUGGAAGCAUCGACGUGGAUGCAUUGCACGAGCGCGCGUUUGAGCACCUGGCACAGCGCGGGAUGUCCAAAGAGCUUUUCACUCAGCUGGUGAAGCGUGGUGGGACCAACAUCCAGCAGCUCCACACCAUUGCCGAUCCAUGGGAGCCGAGCGAGGUCCUAGACAGCCCCGCGCUGCUGGUGCUGGCGCCCGACUCGAUGGAGUUUGCCACCGCCCGCGAGAUCAACGAGAAGUUCUGCACCCAAAUGGAGGUUGUGCAUGGAAAAGGAAGCCACUACAACAUGAUGCAG